GCCUGCAGGUGUCAGUACAGCGCUGUGUUUGAGCACGACGCUAUAACAGCACUUUCACCUCCAGCUGUAUAAAGCUGCUAUUAAACACUUUAAUAAAAGUGCAUUUAAGUGUCAGAGACAGAGAGAAGGAGUGAGAUGAACGGGUUAACACACAGCUCACACUCAGCUCUGGAGAUCCAGCUCAGGAGAGGUCCUGCUGGUCUGGGCUUUAACAUUGUGGGCGGAGUUGAUCAGCAGUAUGUGAUGAAUGACAGCGGGAUCUACGUGGCCAAGAUCAAAGAGGACGGAGCAGCAGCACUCGAUGGCCGACUGCAGGAAGGGGACAAGAUCCUUGCGAUAAAUGGACAUAAGUUGGAGAAUCUGUGUCACAGUGCAGCAGUGGAGAUGUUUCGUUCAGCAGGAGAGGAGGUCACACUGCACAUCCAGCAGAGGCGUUCUCACAGCUCUAAUGGUCCACUGGGUUCACGUCCAGAUGGAGAUUCCUCCUCAGCCGUGUCGUCCUUGGCUCUGCUCGGUGUUUUUCUGACCGCUGCAGCCAUCACAGCCUUCAUCUUCUACAGACGUCCUGGAGCCUUCAGAAGACAAACACCAUUUUAAUCACACACAAAUACACAACCAUGAACUUUAUCUGUCUUUUGUUGAGGGCCAAAAAUAUUAAGAGAACAAAUGCGGAACUUCAAUAGCUGGAGCUAAACCGCCUUGCAGAUCGUUAAACAUAAUAAUGCUAAUAACCAUGCUAAUCACAGUAAUCAUUAGCUUAUAUAAUUAGCUUUAGCCAUAAUUACACACACACACACACGAUUGAAGAUAAACCUGCAUCUGUCACUAAGUGCUGUAUGAACAGAAAUAUGGAUCAGAUGGACAUAUUUUUGAUUAAAAUAGAGACACACACACAGAAGGAUAAUGUUAAAGUAUAAAUGCUUGUGUAUAUGUAAUACUUGCAUUCUGUAGCUGAGGGAUUGGUUUGGACCUUUACUCAUCAGUUUGGAAUCAUAGCUUUCAAGGAUGCCAAUGUUGAUGAUUGACACAUCUCUCAGCCAAGGGGGCGGAACAUAAGUUAAUCAGCCCAUCGCCAACUGCGGCCAUUUUUGUUGCUUGUGAUAUUCUGUUGCUGUAAGUUACGUUUUUAUUUUCAUAAUCAUUUUGUCUGGGAAUGUACAACAUUUUUGCACUCGACCAUGACUUUACCUACAGCACCAGCUAACUCCAUAUAUCAUUAGGUGCAACUGGAUGUUAACUAGAUGCUGUUGGUAGUUGAGUUCUGGUGAUGUCUUACGAUUAAGUAUAUAAGAAUGAUUGUUUAAGUACAGCUUAAGCUCUGCCCUGGUUUCAAGCUGGGACUUAAACCUAUGUAUAAGUUAGUGUUCAAGAGAUUUUUCUGAUUGUGAUGCGUGAGUCUGGACGACGUUUCAGCGAAUCAUUUGACAAAAACUUGCACAUUGUUAAUGAGGAAAAUCGAUUAUGAUCAGCAGGGAAGAUAAUGUUAUGAAAACCUGCAGCCUACAGUUUAGCAUAGUUUGCUAAUUGUGGGUGGGUUUUCUGGGAUGUUUAGUGUCUCACACAGACUUGUUGAUUUGUUCUCGGACUCUAUAACACACUGAUGUCUGUAAUCACAGAUUACAAGGUGGUGCAGUGGGAUCAACACAAGCAGAUUUAGUGCAUGGAGUUAAAAUACAGGCUUCACACACAACUGGUUUGUGUGUGUGUGUGUCUGAGACAGACCAACAGAUACACACUGUGCUGCCCCUGCAGGGUGAAAUGGGCCUAUGAAUAUAAUUAUAGACUCACAUUACAGUGUGUCAGGUAUACACUCUUUGUGUGUGUUUGUGUAAAAAUGUCCCCUGUCCAUCUGGAGAGAAAAACACAUGAUGGUGAAGGUUUUAUGUUGGACUGAUGGUGUAAAAGUGCAUUUGUGAUUUGAUGUAAAUAAAUAAUGAUCACUGUG